GGUCUUCUGUUAUCUGUUUGAAAAUGGUUCAGACGUUGGAUGUUGAAGCUUAACUACGAAAUACAUCACCGUUUCCUGGAGAUCACGAUCGUACAUCAUGGUGGGGACUAUGACUCCUUCUAAAGUUGCAAAGCAGACUUCAGUUGCAGCAUCAAAGAUCAAAAACAAGUUGCUCAACACAUCCUCGUUUUUCAAGGUCUCUCUGAAGACGAACAACAAGGCUCUGGCUGUGGCUUUAGCUGCGGAGAAAGAAAGGAGCAGACAGUUGGAAAGAGAGAUCGUUUACCUGCAGAAGAAAGUUGAAGGACUGUGCUUUGAUUUGGCUGUGAAAAAAUACAAGCAGAGGAAACUGUUCGUCAUUUUGAAAAAUCUACAGAACAAUACUCUGAAUCACUUGGAGAUGGUGACGACUCUUUUCUCAUCCGACACUGACAUUCCUCAAGCAUUUGGUGAACACCAGAAUAACGUGGUUAAUACUGAGGAUGAAAUACUUCCAAUUUCUGCAGGACGGGUAACUUCUCAGUCUGAAGUUCCAAAGGAUUUCUCAGGUCCACGUCCUACUGAAGAUCUAAACCCGUCACUGGAUGAUGCUGUAUCCAGAAGUUCAGUUCAUGUUUUCAGUGUUGUCAAAGACGGCAAAAGUCUUGCUUCUCCAUCUGCACAAACGCCUUCACUCCCGAGCAACAGAGCCUCCAGCAGCCUGAGGGACGAGGUGGACCGGCUGUCGCUCAUGUAUGCCCAGAAUGGAUAUGAUGUGAAUACAGUUCUGGGUUUUCAGAACAGCUGUGACAAGCCCACGUCUCACCUCUCUGAAUCUGAGCACAGCAGAAAACCGGAGAAGACGAUGAUUUUCGACUCAACCAUGGACCUCACUGUAGCUACUGCCCCUGAUAUAGUCACUGUUGGGAAGGAGCCCCCAACCAACCAAACUUCUGCUGACAAAAAUGUAAAAAACAAGACCCAAGAUGAAGCAACUUGCGUAAAAACUCAAAACCCACAAGCAAAGAUAACGCAAGAUAUGAAUCCAGUGAUUUUUACUGAGCUGGAGAAAGAUGUGAGGCGUGCGCUGGAUACAAACGCAAAGGCUGAGGCUCAAAAGGCCAAAGCGCACAGUAAAAAUAAGAUCCCCUCCCGCAUUCCCAAAAUGACAAAAAGUACUUCGACAAAUCCUAAGACAAAGGAAAAACUGAAACUUGAUGCAGAGUUCAAUGUGAAGAAUAUCGAUACUCACCUAUCAGACAUGGACGAUUAUUUUAAUGAUGUUGAAAAUCAAAAACCCACAAGUUCAAGCAAACCUGCAGAAGCCAUGUCCUUCAUUAACUGCAGGAGAUCUGAAACGAGGAGGUCGGCUUCAUCUCGAAAGAAAACGUUCUUCAUUCCACCGAUGCCUUCAGCUGGGAUCGAAAGUGAAUGGGCUUUUUUGGCACAUCAUUUGGGAACACCUGAAUCUGAAGAUCACGACCAGGACAAAGUGAAGCUGUGGGAACACAACCAAACAGACACCGGCUCAGUUGACUUAUUUUUAAAAGACGACGCAAAUAGUUCUGAAAAGGCCGACCAAAAUACUUACAUGGAGCACGAGGAACCCACAGAAUUUCAAGUUAGUUCAAAAAUUAACUAUAGAAAAACACGAAGUAAAAGAGCAUCCCAAGCCACGAGGAGAACCUUUGACCUGCCCCCACUGCCCCGUCAGGAAAGUGAUGGUGUCCAAAGUUCUACAAAUGUGGAGGAUGUGUCUAAAGAAUUUAAACAUCCUGCAGAUAUGAACGAGGAACAGGAUUAUUUCAGGAUCUCUAUCCAGUCCAGAGACAACAAUUUGACAGACAAACCACACGACAACACUGAAGCGCUCUCAGAAAGUCUAAAAAAGCCCAAAGCAAAAUGUAGGGGAACUUUUGUAAUCUCCCCAAACGUCUGUGGCCCUUCACCAAACGCAUCAGAUCUGGCGGAUGAGGGAACAAGCGUUGACACGUUUAAACCCACCGCUGUGAAAGAGCCACGUGCAAACUCAAACUCACAUUGUCCUGAAGCUUGGUUUACCUCUUGUAAGCGCCCUCGGGUGGCCACAGAGGAAGACCCCGCCCAAGCGCCAACAGGUGACGGCGAAGCAGUUGAACCAUUUUCAGACUUUCAACUUCCCAAAAAAGCCAAACUGUCUGAAACCAGAGCUGAGAAAAUGAAGGAGAUCACUAAAAAGAAAAACAAAAGCGCACGCAAACAUAACAAGAAAAUCGAUCACAACGACAUCGAAACAAAGUCCAGCGACCGGCCCGAGAUCAACAUCAACACGUCUAUGGACAGUUUGUUUGGUUCACACGAUGAUGAACUGCACACUGGUGUUAAUGAGACUAAAGCCAAGAUGAACAAAAACCCCAAACAGUAUCGUAAAACAUCAAAACUGCAGGCGGCUCCCAAAAACCUAAGAGAGACCUUUGUCGUGUACAGCCAUUUUUCUUCAAGUGAUUCCACAGUACAGCCACACGGGGGACCGGGGGGGCUGGUGAUGGAUGAGAUGCCUCCCUGGUUGGAUCAAGAUGUCAGCACUGCCGAUACCGAGACAGGCUCUGUGCCCUGUACCCCCAGAAGAGACACAACCAGCCAGACGGAGACAUGUGGAUCUUCCCCCAACAACGCCAUCUCAGUGGGACGAGUCCUAACUUCACUGACAAACACAAUUUCAACUCCAGAUGAGGAAAAAGGCCGGCCAACGAGACGGAAGGGUCCUGUGAGCUACAAGGAGCCGUCCCUCAACAGUAAAAUAAGACGUGGAGACAAGUUUACGGACACAGAGUUUUUGAGCUCACCACUGUUUAAGGGCAAGAAAUCAAAGAAAACGUCCAUAAAGUGCUAAAUACAAUGUUAACU